AGAGGAAUAAAGCGAAACGAGAUUGGACUUUAAAUAUGACGUCAUCGUGUACCUUUUUCAUAUUACCGCUGAAGAGUCGUUGUAAUGAUUGAGCAUUUCCAUGAUUUUUUCCAAAGUGAAACGAUUAAUUAAUCAAUAUAAUGAGCAAAAGUUAAGUUUAUUAUCAUAAAAUAUUUUACUCUAAAAUAUGAAAAAUAAUUUGCAAUGAAAAAAUUGAAAUUUAUAGUUAGAAAUUAUAUUGCACUGUGGGAUAUAUUUUGAUGGUGUAUUGAUUAAGGUGUGACAACGCUCUCCGGCCAAACCACGUGAAUGCAAUUGGGAUUGCGUUGAAAACGUGAUGCAUGCUAAAUAACAGUGCAACGGAUGAAUCGUGUUCUACGAGCAUAAAAUGCCCGCUGCUUCGUCAAAACCCGCGCCCCAAACCACCCCUUUGGAGGGGCAAGAUACUGUCAAACAACUUGUCGGGGUGAUCGACAAGAAGAUCAGGAAUCUAGAGAAGAGAAAGACCAAACUAGAUGGCUACCGUGAGAUGGUAACGGAUGGAAAGGGUCUAAAUAAGGACCAGGAGGAAGCUGUUUCACACUUUGAGGAAGUUGGUGCGUCGCUGGAGUUUGCUAAAGAACUCUCCAAGCAGUUCACCACCAUCCUCAAUGAGGCAACGAAGGCGCAGAAGAGGGAAGCAAAAAGAGAGAAACAGCAGAAACAUGAGCAAGAACUUGGAAGGAUAUCGGAUGUUCUCUUACUGCAGGAUGUACUCUUCAAUAUGGGCCAACCUCAUAUUAGGGCAGAUUUCCUUGCUGGGACAAACGGAGCCUUGAGUCUUCAUGAAGAAGAGCUGGAUCAUCUAGAUGAGUUCUUCAAACUGGUUAAUAUUUCAAGAGAAUCAGAAGAAGAAGAUGUUGAGGAGGAGAAUCUAAGCUUUGAUAAGAAGCUAGAGUUAGCAACGAGUCAUCUAAACAGCUACUUGAAAGAGGAUGAGAAGGAGGUCUGUCAAACGACAUACAAAGAACUGUUCCACUUAGUCCAGAGAAUCCACAAAUGUAAUUACCUGGACAACAUCCCUGCUCCUCCUGAGGAACCCGAACCUGUUGCAGAAGAGCCUGCUCCUGCAACGGCUCCAGCUCCUGCACCAGCCUAUGAGGCCCAGGAGGAGGAGGAGACGUAUGAGGAGACAUACCAGGAGAACACGCAGGAGUUUGUUGAGUCCUUGAACGAAGCUCCGUCAGAGAGUUUCUUUACUGGGGUAACAUCAGAGCAGAUGCAACAGCCUCCUAGCAUGCAGUCAACACAAAGUGAAAUUCCUCCAAUGCAGAGUAUGUCAUCAGAGCCUCAGCACCAACAACAGCAAACGCUCAAUGAGAUGGCAGCACCAUCGAGAGUUCAUGACCUUCCCCAAGCACCAGAACCAAUUGAGAUGCCUCCACCUAAACAAACAACGCAUCAUGACGUCAAUGAGGUGCUCGCCCCCGUCCUGGGAAACUUUAACUUUGUCCAAGACUCCAUGCUUGAUUACGAUUCGCCACACAUGGAUCCUGCAGUGGUAGCAGUUUCACAACAACCGUUUAUCCCUUCAGCAACAUUCACAAAUAAUGUACAGUCAUCAACAAACACACAAGACCUGUCACAAACGGAACAGGCCACACAGUCUAGAGACCACCAAACGUUAGCGGACUCCCUCGCUGCGGCACAACAACAACAAAUGCCCGCUGAGCAGACGUACCAGCAGCAGUCUAGAUACGACAGCUCCCAACAGACAUACAGCUCUCAAUCUAUUACCGACCAAACACCUUACGCUAGCCAAACAUUGGAUGCGGGUAGUACGGGAUAUGGUGGACAGACGGAUCUGUCGAGUACGAGCAGUGCGCAGGUUGAUUAUGGAUCAUCACAGACAUCGUCGACGGGUACCAAGAUGAACGAGCUCCCCGAGUUUCCAAGUCCACCCGUUGAUGCACAACAGGAUCAGUCAGUGUUACAAACUAGUAUGUUAAAUCAACAGAACCUCACCCACUCUUCAUCACAGUACAGUGAAGGCUACUCACCUUCAUUAGGUUCGAGCCAGCUUGGGAAUGAUGGUGUUCCAUCUUCAUCCAGCCCUCUCACCAUCACUGAUCCCUCACAGGCUUCUAUCCCGCUCCCUGGGGAACAAACAUCGGAUGUACAACAGGGAUCCAUUCCACCCAAGUCCACAAUGAAUGCCAGCGCCCCACCCUUCCAGAUGACCAACACCAUGCGAUCAUCCCCUCAGAUGCAGUCCAACCCCACAGGUCAAGUGGGACAGCCCCAAGACAUGGGUGCUUACACUGGGAUGGAUCAGAGCCAGGACUUCAACCAUUCUGGAGGGAGGGAUGUUGAUAGGACACAUUCACCCUCGCAGGAUAUGAAAAUGGAUCACCACCAGCAAUCAUCAGAUGGACAUGGUAACUCAUACGGCAGCAACUACCAGGGAUACUACAAGAAUGGACGUGGUGGCAAGCCUCGAGGCGGUGGUGGGAAUCCUAACUUCCGUGGUAGCAGGGGAAAUGCUCCUUUUAUCAGGGGUGGAACUCGCUACACUGCUCCCCAAUCUAGAGGAGGUCAAAUGAAUUUCAAUACGUUUGGUCAUCGUGAUGCCUUUGCACCUCGAGGACCUGAUAUGAGUUACAACCCACAAGCUCGUUAUGGUAGCUUCAGUCAAGUUCAACAAGAACAGAACUACUACAACCGACGAGGAGGCAUGCCACGAGGUGGACCUAGAGGCGGCGGUCGUGGUGCCCAGGGAGGCCCCCGUAAUCAAGUCCCAUACCGAGGAGGAAGGGGAAGCUUUGGAAAACCAAGUCAGGUGACCGUUUAACCUUUGACCUCUCGGUAAGAUGACAAGGAGGAGGAGAAAGAAAGGAGAAACCAAGAAAUGCUACUCUGCAGUGGAGCCUAUACAGUUUAGUUUUACGUCGAUUCUUCGCAUCUGAUGUUUCUUUUUUAAUUUCAGUUCUUUUUCAUUUUUUAUUACCAAAUUAAUAUUCUCACAGGUACAUAUGCUGAAUCUAUAUAAUUUACCUGCCUAAGUUUAUGAGAUUAUAUUUAUUUUCUACGUGGCAUAUUAAUUUUUUUACACGUUUUACAAUCAUGAAGUAUAGGCUUUAGUAUGGCUGCACUGCAGAGGAAUUUGAAAAAUAAAACUUGAAAAAAAAAUUGUAAAAGCUUGAAAAAUGUCGUUAUAAAAAAGAGGCGUGGUUUGGAGUUGCCAAUUUGACGAAGCAUGGCAGCUAAGGAUCCACUGUGUACGAGUGUAAUAAUGAGGAGGGGUUAUUUCUGUGAAUCAAUUUCUUUCUUUUUUUAGUUAUUGUUUCUGUUAGGUAUUAUUAUAAGAUAAUAUAUAAUCAAAAUUGCAUAUGUAUGAGCAUGUACAGUGUAGUCCUUCUCCAUCUGCGAUGAUUUUACAUACCAACUUUAUAACCUGUCACUAUACCCAAGCGUAUCGGCACAUAGCAUGUUUAGAUAGUGCUGGAUUACUCUUCGUUAGGGGAAAGAAGCAUGCGUACGUGCUUGUUUUUCUUGAGAUUGCUAACCACUUGCAUUUAUAGCUGGUCAUUUGUUUUUCAAGUUAUUCUAAUGCAAUUGCCAUUACAGAUACAUUUACCUGAAUUUACAGAGGUGGUUUUAAUUGUACCAUCGUACUAAACCAUUGUCAAUGUAGAUUUCUCAUACAUAAUUAUGCUUAUUUCAUUGUGUUAUCAAGAAAAGUACGAUCAUCAAUUUUUGUAUUUGGCAGACAGCGCAAAAUUCAUAUUGAAUGAUGCACAAUAAAACAAGUUAUCUAUGUUAUCCAUUGAAACCACCUUUGUGAUUUCUGGCAGUAUGGUUUCAAAACAGUAUGACUCUUUUUUUUUUUUGGGGGGGGGUAUAUUGAAACUAGCAUUGAAUCAGAUGCACAUAGUGCAGGUAUUAAUAAAGUUGAUCUUUGGUUAGGCAAACUUGAAGCCACCUUUUUAAAAUGACCAUGUCAGAUAGCAGCCAAUUUGAUCAACAUUCAGCCAUAUUCAUCAUUCUUCAAUUAAUUUGAAGAAAAAUAACAAAGACAAAGGGACACUUGAGUAAGAUUCUAUGGAAUGUUACAUACAAAGCACCGUGCUAGGUCAUUAAAAAUAGGCUUGAGAUAAUAUGCUGUAUUAGUCCACAGUAAGGAUCGAUAGACUGUUGCACUUAAAACUUAGGGUCAGAAAUACAGGUAGACGAAAAAUGUUUAAUCACACUCAGAAGAUUUUCUGUAUUUCCAAUGAACUAAUACUCUUUCACAAUAUCAAAGUCAAUGGUGUAGAAACUGUCCUGAAUAUUUAGAAAUGGUAGGUUGAUGUCAAUUGAAAAGGUCAAUCAUUUUCUAUUUCAUAGUGUGUGGAAGAAAUCUAUGGUUGUUGGAUUGUAUAAUUUGGAUAGUAUUCGGUAAAACCAUAUGGAAAUAACUCUCUGUAUGAUCAGAACCAUGGCCAAAUUGAAUCAUAUAUUACAUUUUAUUGGAAUUAAAUAAAUUUGGACAUUUAUGUGGGCACUUUUUGGUUGCUUUCUAUUCCACUUCUAUGCUUAUGUGUGUGAUUUAGUUUGGUCCAUCUGUGAGUUAGAAAAUCGUUAUCAACUGGCUUCUAUGGAAAUGGUAGAAACUAUUGCCCAAAAUAAAGUGUGAUAUAUUUGUGAUAUUGCCUUAUCCCAGAUAUUGUCAUGUACGCUUCAUAUUAAUGUUCUGCUUUAACUGACCAUGGUAAUGACUGAUUACACUUGUAAUUCUUGCAUUAUACAUUGUGCACUAAUGCAGAUUGUAAUAUCAGUGUUGUGUUGCUAUGUCAGAAAAAAAAAUCAGGCAAUGUCAUUGUCAUCUGAUUACUCAUUUUUGUUGGUUCCUUAUCAUGCAUGAAAUGCAAACCCAAGGCACAUAGAAUUAGGGAGUUUUAGGUAAGGAUGUCGAAAUCUGGACUGUGAUGUAAUAACAUCAUUUCAAGGCACUGCGCAUUCAUCGCAUCGCAUGCUCUUGUUUGUCCACUGUCAUAAUUGAGAUUUUGAAAACCGUACUUCUUGCGUCAUGAGGGAUGACAUGGACUUGUGUUCACCGUUUGUUUUGCAUACAUGCAGUCAUCACAAGCCAACUCUGCAGCUGUGUAUGUUAGAUGUGAUCCUUAAAAGGUAUUUAAAGGAAGUCAGUGGUGCCACUCAACUAGAUUGACACACAAAUUGCAUGAGAGUUUCUGACUUGGUAACGUUGCCAUCCAAAAGGUAACUACCAUGGUAACAAUGCUUAACGACCAAUCAAAAUCAGGAAUUCAGUGUAACCGUUGGGUGGCAAAGUUAUCUUAAUAGUUGACUGGGAUGCAGGUGUAGUCCCAUCAAUAAAAAAACAAUCCUUAUUGGCACUGUAGCAAAUCUUUUGUUUAUUAGAAUACAUCGAUUUGCAAGUAUUGCUAUUAGUAUGACAUCGUGCACAAUUGAUUCUGAUUUGUAUCAAUAUGCCAUUGCAGAAAGCUGUAUGACUAAGAACGACUUGGGCCCCGUAACACAAAGGUCAGCAAUUAAUCAUUAAUUUGAAAUAACAAUUCUGAUUGGUUCCUCAUUAGUCUUCAGAUUGAAAUAUGUAUGCAACGAUGAUGCUGAUAGGCCAUUUCAUUUAGCGAUUAAUCGCUUACCUUUGUGUUGCAGGCCCUGGUGGACGUUUCGUAAAGCUGUUCGUGAGAUAAGAAUGACUGUACUCAUGACUGGUAAACCUUUCUUGUGCUAAAUGAUAUCCCUGUAUAAUUGAUAAUAUGACCUAAGAACAUGUUCCAGUUUUGCGUAACUUUACGAACAAGCUUUACCAAACGCCCACUUGUUUCCCUAUGUAGCUAGCUGACUUGGCAUUCAAAACAUGUUCAAGUUGUUCGUAAAGUUUUGUAUAAAGUUGGACAUGACCUAGAACUGCAUUGUGAAACACCAGUGUGCUUUGAUUAUUGACAUGAAGCUGAUGUAUUUCUUUGAAUAUCACAAAUUGUAAUGAAAUUUUUAGCAAAGUAAACUUUACAUGAAAUUUUUCUUUUCUUGGUAGUAAUUGACAUACACAGAAAUUACAGCAGUUUAUUUUGUAUUGGAUUGAAAGCUAUAUCAUAAUCUCUGUAGAUUUAACUCAUACAUGGUCUGGUUGGGCCCUGUUUCACAAGCAGUUAUCCUAAAUUCAUGCAUAUCUCAUAGAAUCAUGUAUUAAUCUUAAAACACACUAGGUUGUCAUAGAGAGUGAUAAUGAUUUUGUGAAACGAACCCCUGUACUUCAUCGUUAAAAACAUAUUUUGUUAUGCUUCUAUUAGAGCAUGAAAAAAUGAACCAGUUCACAACUGUAAUCCAAUUUAUUUGCUUCUAUCCUAUUUUUAUUGUAUACCAAGUAUAUUUUGUUGACUUCACCCGCAAGAAAGUCCUUAGUGCUACUUGGCAUAUAUGACCUUCUUGCGGUGAGUCAAUGGUUUGGUGUGUUACUGCUUGUAAAGAUUCCUAAUUUUGUGUUCUUUUGUUACGGAUAGCUCAAAAUUUUGCCUUAAUUGUGUAAUUGUGAUUUUCUUGGAAGAUUUGCAUAAAGAGUUGGUGCACAUGGUUUUAGUU